UUCUGAAACUUGUGAGGUCUGUAGUAGAGCCAUGGCACUUUAAAUUGAGUUGAAUGAGCCCAGCUCAACAGUCAUCACAGCUGAUCAACCCAUUUCAUUCUCUCCUUUCUGGUUUCCUCCUCGCCAAGGCAUUCUUUAGAGUCUCACCGACCAGCACUUGCAGCUACUGUUAGAUUUUGUUUUUGUUUUUGUUUUUAUUUUUAUUGAAACAACUUCACCACUGAAGGAGGCUGAGGGCUGCCACUCACUCACAGGUUAGCCCUGUUUUUUUUAUCCACUGGAUCCCUCUGACCGCUGAUCUGCUGGAUCCUCUCUGCGACACCAACAGGAGUGCUAAAGACAAAUUUUUAGGAAUUUGGCCAAACUAAAGGCAAGCUGUCACCAUGUUGUGGGAAGCUUUUACAAGUGUCACAAAACUCCAUGGUUACAUAAUAUCCAAAACUGAUACCAGAGUGAAAGAUUACCCUUUGAUGCAGAGCCCUGUGCAGAUGACUGGCAUCCUCCUGGCCUACGUUGCCUUCUCGCUGUAUGUCGGCCCACGCAUGAUGGCCAACCGCAAGCCUUUCGGCCUCAACCAAGCCAUGAUCAUCUACAACCUCAGCAUGGUUUUGCUAAAUGCCUACAUAGUGUAUGAGUUUAUGAUGUCCGGAUGGGCCACCACCUUUACAUGGAAAUGUGACCUCAUUGAUCCAACCACCAGCCCACAGGCUCUCAGAAUGAUCCGAGUAGCUUGGUUGUUUUAUUUUUCAAAGUUCAUCGAACUCCUCGACACAGUAUUCUUUGUGCUGAGAAAAAAGCAAAGCCAGAUCACGUUUCUCCACGUCUUCCAUCACUCCUUCAUGCCCUGGUCGUGGUGGUGGGGUGUAAGUCUGACGCCUGCUGGAGGAAUGGGGUCCUUCCAUGCUAUGGUGAACGCAGGGGUCCAUGUCAUCAUGUACUCCUACUACGGACUCUCUGCUGCAGGUCCUCGCUUCCAGAAAUAUCUGUGGUGGAAGAAGCACAUGACAGCCAUCCAGCUGACUCAGUUUGUUCUGAUCUCCGUUCAUAUCAGCCAGUAUUACUUCAUGGAGAAGUGUGACUAUCAGAUGCCACUGUGGAUCCAUCUUAUCUGGAUGUACGGUGUCUUCUUCUUCCUCCUCUUCUCCAACUUCUGGGUGCAGGCUUACAUAAAAGGAAGCGGUCUUCCUGUUCCAGACCACAAGACGAACCAGAAUGGCACCACCAAUGGACACAUUGCAAUGAACGGCAAAAGCCAUGCAAAUGGUCAUGUUCACCCUUGUGAAAAUGGCGAAAUCGUCAUGGGGAAAGUGAAGGAAAUUUAACUGACACUGGGGGGGGCAUAGACAGCUAGUAGAUAUAACCACCUCAAAUAUGUCUUGUACCUUUAUCAAGUAGCAUAUUUGAGUGCAAGACUUCAAUGUGCUACCUCUAAACUACAGAAUUUGUAUAUAAUCUAAUAUUUUAAUAAAUAUUCACCCCUGUGGGAUAUGAUUGGCGGACUGUUUUUGCCACUGAUCUCUGAAUGCCCUGUAAGUUGUUGCAGAAGCGGUUUAUUGUGAUGAACACUAAAUGGAAAAUUGGUGUUUAUUUUAUCACAGUAUUCUUUCACUCAGGCUUGAUAUGCAGCACUGUUUGGCUAAAGUGGCCUUUUGUUGCUUGGGAAUAUGGCAAUGUUUCCACUAAACACAAGUAUUUGUAAAUAUUACUAUGAACUUCAUGCAUAAGUGUUUUCAUUGUAAAUGUUAAAUAUUUUGUUUUUUUUCUCUUUUUAUUUAUCUUUUGAAAUAAAUCAAAAAUUUAAAGGUCUGUUUCAUUUAGAAAGCAGGGAUUAUGUGCACUGAGUGAGCAACAUUCCAAGUCUAAUUUUUAAUGAAGAAUUAUGGAAAUAUACUGUAUAUUACAGUAUUGAUGCAUUUUUAGCCUUUUUUGAUAGCAAUACAUUGUUAUACAUGUCCUUCCAUACACUUUUUGAGAUGCUGUAUUAAUCGAUCUCUCAGCACGCAGAGCAUGAUAUCAAUGAAGUUUUUUCAGGCUUUAAUGAUUAAUGCAAAUGGCUGGAAAAAUAAACCUAUCAAUGUUUGGUUUUUUUUCUAGUGCAGCUGUUACUGUCAUAAAAAUACAAAGUUCUACACAUAACCUUUUGACUUGAAUGGAAAUAAAAAAUUCCAAAAAGUGAA